UGCGCCUUACGCGGUGACUGGUUGGGUGGGAGUCGGUAUAAGUGCCUCAUUCUGUGCCGCGACGUUCAUUAUGCCAGAAUCACCGUAUUUCUACCUUUUGAGAGAUGAAGGCGAUAAAGCCAAGGAAAUUCUAAUCAGUUUGGGAAGAGAAGAUGACGUAAAAGACAUUUUGUCUACAAAGUUAGAUGAACCCGUGGGAGUCCUGGAAGCUUGGACCGAAAUUUUCAGCGUAAAGAGUAACAGAAAAACUAUAACGAUCACAAUGACUCUAAUGGUACUACAGCAAAUGAGUGGUGUGAUGGUGGUGUUGCUGUACGCCACGUCUAUCUUCGACCUGGUCAAUUCCUCAUUAGAAUCUCAUAUUUCUGCAAUUAUCAUAGCAGUUACCCAGCUUUGUGCCAGUUGUAUUACUCCGAUAUUUAUUGAGAGAUCUGGCAGAAGAAUACUUCUGUUGCUCACGACUGCUACAUGCUGCAUAAGUUUGAUACUGCUUGGUCUUUACUUCUACCUCGUGCAUAUUGACCACCCAUCUACAGAAUCCAUACAAUGGCUGCCGUUGGUGACACUCAUCGCUUUCAUCAUGUCUUAUAACUUUGGGUUCGGUAUUAUUCCUGGAACUUUCAACGGAGAGAUGUUUGAUACGAAAGUGAGAGGACCCGGGGCAGUUCUCAGUACCACUGUAAGUUGGAUGGUUUUUGGAUUGGUCGUCGCCUUCACCUACAACAUCAUGGUUGACAAUUGGGGCAGUUAUACAACAUUUUGGAUUUACGCUGUUAUGUGCGCAAUAGCUUUCUUCUUCACAGUUAUAUUUGUGCCGGAAACUAAAGGCAAAAGUUUAGAAGAGAUAAAAGAAAUGUUGAGUAGAUAGUUUUAAGUUAAUAUUUAUUUAAUAGGAUAAAAAAGAGAUAUUACAAACAUGAAAAUGUAAAUCAAAACAGCAUAAUAUUGUACUAACAAUAGGAACCCUCAAUCAGCACUUUAUUGCACAACGGUCUAACCAAUACUGCAGCACUGAUUUUCGAUGAAGGACCGAGUGGACAUACGAAUACCAGGUCGUUAUGCACAUCAAUAAUUACUA